GAAAUCGAUGCGUACGCAAUGCGCAAACCACGGCCGAUAUCGACACAGAAUGGGCAUGUAAAUCAUGCUAUGAGCUCAUCUGCUGACGGUUCAAUCUAUGCCACUGCGGAUGGAUACGAAACGCCCAUCACCCAUGUUUAUCGUGAGCAAAAGCCACAACAGCGGAUAAUUGGAGACGUUAUUCUGGCCGUAAGAAAUAGUCCUCCAAAUGAAGCAGAUCACUAUGGGUUCAAACCACGAAAUGGCAAUGGUGUUAGUCUACUUUUUUGCUGUUCUACCUAG